GCUACCCCUCCGAGGGCUGAGUUGCGGCAAUAAAGGGGCUUUGAUUGUGUGUUAGCUAUCUUACAUUCUACCUGCAUCGACUCAUGAUGCAUCUUAUCCAAUAAUUCUGAGAGUAGUUAUCCUAGCCGCCUGACUGGAUCUGGAUCUUGGCCGCAUUUGUAUUCUGGCCAACAGGCCUUGGCCAAGUUGUCCGUGUGACAUGAAUGUAAAUGCUAAAGUACAUAUAUCUGCCUUUCUUCAGUUUCAACUAACAAACUCGAAAAAUACACGAUGUAGCUAAGAUUGGGUGUUAUAAGACAAACAUAAACGACAGCGGAAGGAUGGCAUUUUCCUUGUAUAGAGAUAAUAGCCUUGCACCUAUUUUAGAGAAAGUUACCGACACUGCGAGUUCAUCUAUCUCAUACCAUAGCCGCCUCGGCCAUGAGAUUCCAGAAGAGCUGUCGAAUAUUGCAACGCAAUAUAGACCGACUACUCCCAUAGAGAUAGUCUCUGAGCAUACUACUGAACAAAUAGGUACCAUGGAGCAAGGCACAAGAGGGUUUCUAGUUCAACAUUUUAGGAACGAGGUUUUGAAAAUAACUUCACAGAAAGACCCCGUCACCUGUUUACGAAAUAUACUAAAUCCCUUGCUUGAUUCGAAACCAGUUGCAAAGCCUGACGAUGUUGAGCAAGCGGAGAAGAAAGCAUGCCAAGUGACUAUGACGCUCAGCAUAGCAGCUCUCAGUCGGAUGCGGAUGCGAAAACUUCAAAUAGAGCUUACCAACAGAAUUAUGAGGAUACAUUAUCUUAAAGAGCUCCCAGAUGACUGGCAGUCUUUAUUGCAGGAGUACAUUACUGCAACGCGUGAUAACGACUAUAUUCGCACUUGUGUCGACAGAGGUCUGCACGAUCCGUUCCUUAUUAAAAGCGAGAGGAAGGUGGAUGCCGCCAUACUUCAAGCCGCUCUUGUUGAAAUUGGGAAACAGGAGCUUAACUUCGCUCCUCCUCUCGAGAAAGAAUCAAGAGCUAUUGGAGGCACUCGAACUGAGAUGACCCAGAAACAGCGAACGGAAGCGUUCUUAAAGCGAGUCGUAGUUUCGAUUAUAGGGGGGGCAUUCCUAGUUGGUCCUAUGUGGCUAAUGAUAUUGGUGAAAACUCCGUACUCGUCACUUAUUAUAACAACGGUAUUUGUAUUCGUAGCCGGUCUUGCAGCAGCACGGGUACUCAAUGGUGAUAUCCAUGUCGUUUCGGUUACGGCGGCGUACGCGGCCGUAUUGGUGGUCUUCGUGGGCGCCAACGGUUCUUCGGCAUAGACAUACUUGGCGCAGAAAUUAGAGGAUAAUAUACUCCUAUAUACACCAUCCUUGACAUACGAAUACCGGUCAUAGAAGAUAUCGAUAUAUAUUUUAAAAUACACGAACGAGGUUUUAUAUUCC